GACUGGUGAGCAUCGCAUCGUUUGUGUGUGAAAUGAGUUCGACACUGAACUUCAGCCAGGUGCUGCUCCUGGUGCUGCCGCUCUGCCUGCUGUCUACGGUCUUGGCCAGCAGCCGAAUCAAUGACAGAAAGUCACCCAACGAGGUCAGUCUCUACAGCGAGUCGGACAAUGUGAAAAUGCUGGACAGUGAGUCACUGAGAAAGGCACUCGAAAUGGAUGGCGACAAAAGCAAGCUGGUGCAGUUCCUCAACACCUUUUGCGGCGACUGCCAACGCUUUGCCCCGAUCUUCAAGGGCCUGGCCCGUGACCUGUACAAGUGGAACUCUAUCCUCCGGAUCUAUGGCGUGGACUGUGCCCAGGAGAGGAAUGUGGACGUGUGUCGGGAGUUUGACAUCCGUCAGACGCCCACAUUGCGUUACUUUGCCUUGGACUCCUACAAACACAAUCAUAGCCUGGGCUUGGAUAUACCCAGCCAGGAUCCCCAGGUAAUAACCACAACGCUGGCCGACUUUAUAUCCCGCAAUGAGCAGCCAAACUUUGCACCCCUGAAGAAGGAUGAUAAUGCGGAGACUCUCUUUAAGAGGCACAUAGCUCUUGGUUCUCCAGUGCAGUUCAUUGCUCUGGUGUUUCAGCCUAAGGAUUCCCUGAUAGGCAGGGACACGCUGCUGGAACUCUUGCCUUACAAAGAGCUGGAGGUGCGUAUUGUAGAGGAUCCUGCUGUGUUUGCCAACUUUGGCCUGAAGGACACCUCCCUAAAGUUGGCCAUCAUUGAUCAUGAAGGAAAAGCCAAGAGUCUGACAAGCGCCGAGGAUACAAGUAAAGCCUAUGCCGCUGUUCUGGGGGAGUACCUUCAGUCUCUCAAUUACCAACCAGAGCCACCACUACCUAUCGUCGAGGCUUCGAAUAUGACUGAGUUCUUGGAUCAACAGAAUCAGGCCAUCAUAACGGAGGUGCUGAAGCCACCAAGGCGAGUCUAUCGAGCCGAUCUGGAGCAGGCCAUCGACAAACUUCUCCACAUCGAGCUACCCAAGCCGCCGUUCCUCGAGGGCAAUAACUUGACCGCCCUGAAGAAUAUCAUUACCGUGGUCAGUUACCUCAAUCCAUUGAAUAAGGAUGGUCAGCAGCUGCUGAAAAACCUCCGAGGUUCCCUGAGCAAGGCCAAGACCAUGACAGGAGUUCAGUUAGCCGAAACAGUAGAAUCCCUGGAGAAGCCACUGAAGAAAAUAUUCAAGGCAAGGCGUUACGUUGGCUGCAUUGCCUCGCGUCCCUUCCUGCGCGGAUUCACCUGCUCGCUGUGGACACUUUUCCACUUCCUCACCGUGGAGGCGGCCAAGCCGCCGUACUACUUUAAGCCUGGCUCUGUCCUCUUGACCAUUCAUGGUUUUGCCAAGUACUUCUUUGGCUGUUCGGACUGCUCGAGGCACUUCCAGGAGAUGGCCAAGCGGCGACGCCUGGCUUCGGUCAAGAGCCACGACGAGGAGAUCCUCUGGCUGUGGGAGGCCCACAAUGAGGUCAAUCAGCGAGUGGCCAGUGACUCCACCGAGGAUCCAAAGUUUCCCAAGUUGCAGUUUCCCAGCGAAGAGGAUUGCCCCACCUGCCGGUCCAGCAACAAUAGCUCCGAGUGGCAGAGGGAAGAGGUGCUCAAGUAUUUGAAAACGAUCUACGAUAGAGGGAACCUGAGCUUUUAUGGUCUUCCCACUGCUCAGGGAUAUAAUUGAAUAAUCCUUGGAUAAUUAUUCUUACUUAGCGUUUAAUAUUUACGAUAUUUGUAAGCGUUUUUGCACUUUUUUAAAGUUCUUACUAAAUAAAAUGUAUCUUUAACAUACAGAAAGUAGAAUUAAUACCAUAAAAUCAUAA